AUGACACAACCCGCCGGACCAGAUCCACAAGUUGAUCUCUUUUGCCAUCAAUAUCUCCAGCUUGAGAAGGACUUGGACUAUCCGGGUGAAGAACUAUUACGCAAGGAAGAAACGCAAGAUGAUCUCUACAGCCGAUUGUUCUCAGGCACAGCCUUAUCGCAUCCGCCGCCUGUGCGCUAUCAACUUCGCGUUCUCAAGGAGCUGGUGGCAAGGAUAGAGUCAAGCAUCGACGACUGGGAGCAGCAUGUGAGUGACUCGCCUUUCCAAAAAACCGAUUUCCACGCUAACCUGGCCGUCUUGCAGGGCAUACAUGACGGACUCAUGGAGAGGAUGACGAUUUUGCUUGCUCAGCCGCUGCCUUCAGAGGCGGUGGCAGCCCAACAGAAGAGCUACGUGUCUUACUACCUGUCAGGUCUCGAGAUGCCCGACAACCACGCGCAGCCUGAAAUUACCAUCUUGGAGUCUCGCUUUCUGAUAUCCGCCGGCGGGACCACCGGUCUGCGGACGUGGGAGGCGGCUCUCCACCUAGGGCAAUAUCUCUGCUCGCGGCCAGACAUCGUCAAAUCAAAACGCGUGCUCGAGCUUGGAGCCGGAACAGGAUACCUUUCGAUCUUAUGCGCCAAAUACCUAGGUGCCCAGCAUGUCUUGGCAUCAGACGGAUCAGAGGAUGUGGUCAACAAUCUACCCGAGAGCUUCUAUCUCAAUGGCCUUCAGGGGUCAGAAGCGGUGAUGGCGACAGAGCUGCUCUGGGGACACGCGCUCCUAGGGACUGAGGAGGCCGAAUGGAAUGGCGGGAGGCCAGUAGAUGUGGUCCUGGGUGCGGACAUUACAUACGAUGGCAGCGUGAUACCCUCGCUGGUGGCUACAUUGGAAGAGCUGGUCAGUCUCCACCCGCGCGUCGACAUCAUCAUCUCGGCGACGGAGAGGAACAGGGAGACCUUUGAGACGUUCAAAGGGGUGACGGCCAAGGCUGGAUUCGCCGUCGAGACUGUCGACUUUCCGAUCACGCCGCGGAAGGAGCAGAGGGGACCGUUCUACAGUGAUAGCGUGCCGAUUCACAUAUGCAGACUGAGGCGUCAGGGGUAG